UUCUGAAGGACAGUGCAAAACCAAUCCUAUAUGGGGUACUAUUAUAUUAUUAAUUAAUAAGACUUAAUAAAUAAGAAAAAGCUGAAUAAACAAUAAAAACUUCAGAAAUAAGUAUAAUAUGGCUUUCAAUCGCGGAAAUAUUAGAAAAAUCGCAUUUCGUACAAGGGGCAGAUCUGCGCAAUCACUAGAUGUAAGCGGUCCGAAGGUGGAUCACGGAUCUUGCGGAGAGGGACGUUUGUUUUUACAAAUCAAACCUGCUAUAGCUGAUCCGAGGCAGGCAUUAGCACAAAGAUCUCACACUUCGCUCUCAGGAAACGAUUUUAUUAGAGAGGAGACCAAGGAUGAUCCCAUUAAUAUUCAAGCAGUGGGGGAAGGGAAAGUGCAACUCUCACGGACGCCUCAAGAAAAAGAUCGACUUCCUGACAGGAUAAGCCUUGACAGGCGCGGACUCUCCUCCAUCCCACACAUCGUCGGCGAACCAGGCUUACGUCUCUUAUCUCUACAGCACAAUCUUAUAAACAGUCUAACGGGACUAACACCACUUGACCUCGGGAAACUGGUGUUCUUAGACGUCUACGACAAUCAGAUCGACAAAAUAACAGCUCUGGAUAGAUUGUUUAGUUUGAGGGUACUUCUGAUGGGAAAGAACAGAAUCAAAAGAAUUGAAGGUCUUUCGAAUUUAAUAAAAUUAGAAGUAUUAGAUUUACAUGGUAAUCGAAUAGGAAAAGUGUGUGGUCUUUCUAAUUUGGUCGAACUCAAAGUUCUUAAUCUUGCCGGGAAUCAAAUUAAGGGUAUCGGUAUUACCGAUCUACAAGGUCUAGCUUCGUUGAGAGAGUUAAAUUUGAAACGAAACCGCUUAAGGAAGCUACAAGGUUUCCAGAACACGCCGAAAUUGCAAAAACUUUACCUGGGCAACAAUGACUUGCAGAGCGUCGAAGACAUGUCAACGCUGAGUGAAGCCACUUCGCUUAUAGACAUUUCUUUAGAUGGGAAUCCCGUGGCUCUAGGAGGAGAUUGCACUCCAUUCCUUGUUUCUUAUCUUCCGAAUUUGUUGACUUUGACUAAUAUGCAUAUCACUGAACAGGUGAGGAGGGCUGCAAUGGCGUGGCGGAAUAACAAGGAAGCAGCCCAUGCCGCUUAUUGUGCCCUCGGUGGAAAUGCCCAACAAGAAGCAAGACGCGACCAAAUAAUUAACAACGCUCGCACUAAUUGGGAAUUACUAAGAUCAGAAAACAAAUGUUUCGUUAAUGUAAUGAGUCCAAUGAAAAAUUUGGACUUGGAAAAGGAAUUCGGCCUUGAAGCCACCGCUGAGAUAUCGCAAAGUUGCACCCAAACCAUGGAUGUAGCGGGCCUGCCUGAUGUUGUAGUACCUCUACAGCAACUAGAAACUGAGGAUUCGGAUUGCAAAAACAAUAACAGCGAUACAAACGUCAAAGUAGUUGCCGAAGCGCCUAAGCCAUCUCCUAUUAGAAAACUUCAGAGGAACUCCACAGUUCGGAAACCAUCAGAGAGACGUGUCAAUUUUUCUGAUAGAAGUGCCUCUCAGGACACUGACGCCUCGCAUUCAACUUCCACGAGCAGUGAUUUAAGAUUGCCACCUAUUUUGCUACCGAUCAUCUCGUCUCUGGAAAACGUAAAGCUAACAGACAGUACUGAUCAUGUUCUGAAGCGAUGGGAGAGUAUUUCUAGCGUAGAACCAGUCAUAGAUUCUUCAUUUAGUUCGUUUCCUUCUUCGUCGAGCGACAGCGAAGAAGAAAAUAGCAAAAGACCGAUUCGUCGUAUGCCGACAGCGCUGAGGCGCCGCGAAAAGUUUAGCACGAUGCGUUCCAGGUCUGUUUGUGACCCGGAAAGUCGAAGAGUAAAGGGUAAGAAUUCUGAAAACAGUGAAAUCGCGAGUAACUUAUCAAGCAGCACGAAUAUAGCUUCUUCAACGUCGGGAAGCGAUCAUAAUUCGAAGGUUUUGAGACGUGACGGCUCUCUCAACAGUAAACUAACCAAUAGAAAUAUUCGAAGCGCGACAAUCUCACGACGAAACGAAAGAGCCUCUUCAGCGAGCAGAGCUUCGACAGCAAGAGUCAAGUCUGGUAAAAGCCUAUCUAGUUUCAAGACUUCGGAACCGGUACCAAAAGCUAUAAUACCAAUGUCAAAAGAUAGGGAACAAGGUGUUGAUUAUUUAGUCGAAGUCUGUAACGGCUUGGUGAGCGCGUGGGGCGCCGGAGCAGUACGUCGGUUAGCGAGAGAUUGGGAAUGGGAAAAAGCUCGCACAGUUACCAAAGCUGCUUUUCAUUACGUUCAUUUCAACGCCGUCGCUCAAUCUCUGCCCGAAUUGAAAAGCAAAUUCCCGAACGUGACACACAUAUCAGUGCGGGCGACUGGCUUGCAAUGGUUGGGCCAGCUACACGCUCUAGCGGAAUUAAGAGGUAUCACUGGCCUAGCGGUUUUGCCAGAAGGUAAUCCUAUACACGCAAAGAUCUGGCGUGAAUAUUCCGUUUACAGACUUGCUCACUGGGGCUUGAAGGAAAUCAACGAUGAGCCGGUAACUGACGACGAAAUAAAAUCAGCGAAUCGAACGUAUAAUGGUUUAAGUGACCUGGUUCUUCGCGCGCUGCCGGAUGCUCCACUCCAACCACUUUUGUCUAGGUUAGGAAGGAGUGGCCACAGCAACAUCAGUGCAAAAGCCUGGUUAAGGGCCGCCGACCCUGCGCUGAGAGAUGUGAUCGCUAAAGAGGCCUUACAGUUCAAGAAAGGGCAAGUUUCGCAAGAGGAUAUGAGUUGGCGCGGCAGGGGGCGCGACCAGUUAUGUCACGCUAUUGAUCUGGCCUGUGGCGCGGCGCAACGACUCCGGACGCUCGAGUUACAAUGGCCGAUGAUUCUUGUUGAAAUGAUUGAGGACAUCCUGCGUGACUUCAGCCAAAUGGAUACGCACGUUAAAGAGCAAAUGAAGAUGUUGAUGGACACUUUGUAGUUUUAAGUUAAUGUAU